AACGAUUCUGCAAGUGUGGUGUAUAGAGCUGUAAGUCAAGCUAUAAAAGAUAGCAUAGAUGUUGUUCUGAUUGAUUGAUAGAGCAGGCAGUCUUCAAAGUAAUGUUAAUGUUAUGGAGGACUUAUCAAAGAUAUAUAGAACGACGAUGGCAUUGCUCCUAAUGAUGUUAUUUUGGUUCUUGAUGCGAAUACCGCUCAAAAUGCUUAUAGCUAAUUAGAGGCAUUUAAUAAAAUGGUUAGU